AUGGAAUCCCGCUUCACCCGUGGCAAAUCCCCUUUGCUGGAGCGCCCUCUGGGCCGCCCGCGGGGGGAGGUGAGCCUGAGUGCCUUCGCCCUCCUCUUCUGCGAGUUGGUGCAGUACUGCCAGCGCCGCGUCUACUCGGUGGCCGAGCUGCAGUCCAAACUGGCCCAGCUGGGCCACCAAGUCGGCCUGCGCCUCCUGGACCCGCUGGUGAGCCGCGAGCGGGGCGGGCGCCGCGAGACCAAAGUGCUGAGCAUCCUCCUCUUCGUCAAAGGCCCCGUGUGGAGGGCGCUGUUUGGGAAGGAGGCCGACAAGCUGGAGCAGGCCAACGACGACGACAAGACGUUCUACGUCAUCGAGAGGGAGCCUCUGGUCAACACCUUCAUCUCCGUGCCCAGGGAGAACAGCACGCUCAACUGCGCCGCCUUCACGGCCGGUUUGGUGGAGGCGGUGCUGGGAGCCAGCGGCUUCCCGGCCAAGGUGACGGCGCAUUGGCACAAGGGCACCACGCUGAUGAUCAAGUUUGAGGAGGGGGUCAUCGCGAGGGACAAGAGCCUGGAGGGACGAUGAGGGGGGCCUGGAGCUGGGAGGUGUCCCCCAUCCUCACCUUGGGACGCUCGCGUUGUUACGUGGCUCCAUAAAUGUUCUCCUGUCCCAUUGGGUGACCUUCAGCCCUGGGUGUCCAUCAGUGGUGUCCGUUGUCCCUCCUGGUGGCCCUUGGAACUGCUUGGGGACAUUGGGACCCACUGUUAUCCCUCAGCACAAGCUCCUGUCCUCACAUUGGGACGUUCACGUUGUUAUGUGGCUCUAUAAAUGUUCUCUUGUCCCAUUGGGUGACCUGCAACCCUGGGUGUCCAUCAGUGGUGUCUGUUGUCACUCCUGGUGGCCCUCAGCGCCUCCUGGGGACAUUGGGACCCACUGCAAUCCCUCAGCACCAAUCCCUGUCCUCACAGGGUCGCUCGCGUUGUUACCUGGCUCUAUAAAUGUUCUCCUGUCCCCUUGGGUGACCUUCAGCA